UGUAUCACGCAAAGGAGCAAGGGAUAUGGAAAAAGGCAAAAAAGAAUUAGCGUUAUAAAGAGACGCUGAUAUGCAGGAAUAAAGUUCAUUGCUCAAUCAUAGUUUUGUUGGGAUUAUUGUAUAUUGUUGUAACCGUUUUGUUUACUAAUUUUAUACUAUAAAUUAUGUAAGCAAUUCAGCAUUUUAUAUAGCAAAAUGAUGGGAGGAGUGUUGUUGGUGAGCUUGGUGCUGACGGUGGUCGUUACUGAUAAUGGAGUUGUGGCGUCGGCGAAGGUUCCGGCGAUGUUUGUGUUCGGAGAUUCGUUGGUUGAUAACGGCAAUAAUAAUUAUCUGAGCUCUAUUGCUAAAGCUGAUUAUUAUCCUUAUGGUAUCGAUUAUGCUAUGGGUCCUACCGGCAGAUUUUCCAAUGGCAAAACUUUUGUUGAUUUACUUGGAGAGAUGAUUGGUGUUCCUUAUCCUAUAGCCUACUCAGAUCCUGCUGCAACAGGAGCUAGAUUACUUGGGGGAGUUAAUUAUGCUUCAGCAGCCGCUGGCAUCCUUGACGAGAGUGGCCAACAAUACGGAGAAAGGUACAGCUUGAGUCAGCAAGUAUUGAAUUUCGAAUCAAAUCUAAAUGAACUACGGCGAAUGCUGAACGGAACAAAUCUUACAGAGUUCUUAAGCAAAUCACUCGCUGUUUUGGUGUUCGGAAGCAACGACUACAUCAACAAUUACCUUAUGCCUUCAAUUUACUCGUCUAGCUUCAACUAUAGUCCUCCGGAAUUCGCCAAUCUUUUACUAAAUACCUAUGCUCGUCAGCUCUAUGCAUUAUACAGUGUAGGGUUAAGGAAAUUCCUGAUAGCCGGAAUAGGACCCCUCGGAUGCAUACCUAAUCAAAGAGGAAGUGGCCAAUCCCCUCCCGACAGGUGUGUCGAUUACGUGAAUCAAAUACUUGGCAGCUUCAAUGAAGGACUAAAAUCCCUCGUUGAUCAGCUUAAUAAAUCAUGCAAGGGUUCGAUCUUUGCGUACGGAAACACGUACGCUGCAGUCGGAGAUAUUCUGAAUAAUCCUAGUACUUAUGGAUUUAGUGUUGCCGAUAGGGGUUGUUGCGGAAUCGGAAGAAACCGAGGGCAAAUAACAUGCCUUUCUUUUGUGGUUCCAUGUGCAAAUAGAAAUAGUUAUGUGUUUUGGGAUGCCUUCCACCCCACGCAAGCUGUUAAUUCAAUUCUUGCUAAGCGGGCAUACACCGGAACACCUAGGGAUUGUUAUCCCAUCAACGUCCAACAAAUGACUCUCUUCUAUUCAUAUUGA